UUAGGAAAUGAAGAUUCACAACAACAAGAGGUAUAAAACUGUCAAAAGAUUCUUGUAAAUGUGUUUUGUUCUUAGUCACCUCCCUGCCUUUCAUUGCACAAGAAGUCAAGCGUCUUUUUUGAAUUAUAUAAAAAUGACAUCAUAUCUCUUUCUCCAGAAUGAGAAGCCCCUCUCUGUAUUACUUCAUCACAAUACGGAGAAAAGUAUAGUCUCCCUCGCAGCCGUUUUUUGGAUGUCACAUAACGCUCCCCCAAAAGAACUUUUAGGGAAGCAUUGCGUGACAUCCAAAAAAAAAAAUGCGAGGGAGACUAAGAAAAGUAUGGUAUAGCUUUAAUUUGUUUCCUGUUCGUUUUAAACAAAUUUUGUUUAAGUUGCAUACAGUCAAACCCUGCAUAAUGGACACCUGCUUAAUGUGGACACCUUGUUAUUACGGACAGUUUGUUUUGCCCCUGGCGAAUGAAAGCCCUUACGUCUUCUCUAAUUUCAACCUGUUAAUACGGUCACUUUCUAUGGCCCCCUCAGUGCCUGUAUUAACAGGGUUUAACUGCUUACAUUGUAAUUUUUUUUUCUCUUUUUAUGUGCUACUGUAGGUUUUGAUAGAUGUUAAUGUGGAUUCGUCUUCUCUUCCACUCAAAGAAGUAGAUGGUUAGUGAACAUAUCAGCAAUCAACAAGUUUCAAGCUUGAAAUUAUUAAAAAGUGAAAAUGUAGGCCUCCUCCAGUUAUGCUCUCAAGAUGGGCAAAAUAAAAAUUCAAGAAGACUCCUGACAUUUCGCUUUCCAAGAAGAUGGAAAACUAGCAACCCUAUGUAAAAGUACUGCUUAAGAGGUUGAACAGUCAGACGGGAUUUCAUCCACAGUGCAAAAAUCUCUGCUAGAGCUAACAUUUUGAUAGAAAGGCUUGAUAAAGGCCAACAUAUAAAAGGAACACAGAAAGAAACUAGGGAAUCUUGCAAGAAUGUCUGACUAGUGAUGCCAGUUCUGGCCAAAUUUUUAAGUACUAAAUUUGUUGCCCACUCCAAUUGUUCUUACAAGGAUCAUCUUUUCUUUCUCCUCUCAGGGGAAAAAUUCCUUAAAUUCUACUGGUUUGAUGCAAUUAUGAAGACAGAUUCAAACAACCAGAUAGAGUUGGUCAAGGUUGCUUGACAGUUGAAUUAUUAAGAAAAUCACUAGGUUCCCUGUAAGUUUUGAAUGAUCUGUGAAUUAUUCUCUAUCCUACAGGUACUGUAUACCUUUUUGGAAAGGUUUGGAUUGAAGCUGCAAAAGCAUAUGUGAGGUGAUUACUGUUUAUCUGCAUUUUGUUUUUCUCUUUAAAUAAGUUCGGAAAUCCCACAUGGGAAACCAGAAGGACACUUAGUGGACUUGCAACCGCUAAUUAAAAAUUUAUCUUUUUUCGUAUUAGCUGUUCAGUGGCAGUCAAGAACAUUGAGAGACAAAUAUUUAUUCUCCCAAGAGAAAAGUUGAGAGGAUGGAUGUAAAAACAUUGCUGCAGUUGUUGAGUUCUUCUUGCAUGUCUUUUCAAAUAUUAUCUGUACCUGUUCCAACAAUGUACUAAAUUAAUUGAUGUUUUUGUACUUUGUAUCAUUUAGAAGCUUAAAGUUGAUUGUUCUGAAACUGAUGAGCCUGUUGGGUUUAUUGAUGUUUACCAGGUAAAAAAAAAUAAUGAUUUGAUUUUAAUCAUAGUCAUUCUGAUUACUGUAUUCCAUAGGUAGAUUUAGGGGUGAACCAAGGGGGCCGCGACCACCCCUUUUCCUUUGAAAAUUAAUAUUAUUUUUAUAGAAUUUCGUCUCAGAAAAAUAAAAAGUAUCUAGAAUAGAGCUGUUAAGUGUCCUGCCCACUCCUUUCUGAAUUUUCUGGAUCUGCUGCUGUAGUCCUUCUAAUAAUUCCCCCCCUGAUAUUUAACCCCCCUCCUUUAAAUUUUACUAGUAAAGCAUGGUGCUCUCUUGACUAAUACCCCUCUCCCCCACCCUCACCCUUGGCGGCCAACUUCCACAUAUUAAAAUGGGUAUUGUGUGGUUCCAGAAAAUAUCCAGACCCCCACCACGGAGGGAAUUGGAAAUUCCAGGGGGGUGGGGGGGUCAGAGGCCCAGGAAAUUCCAGAAGGGAGGGAGGUUGGACCAUAAAAUCACUUUCCAGGGGGGCAAUAUCAUUUUGUUUUCGACCUGAGAUCGAACAUUGCUUCUUACCGACCUGGUAGAUCAUUUUUAGGACAUAAAUAACUUGAAAUAUAUCACUUAAGAUUGUUCCUUUUAAACUUAACCAGGUUUCCUUUCUUCCAAAAGCGUUUUGGAUGUAAUUUCAAAGGAAUUAGACCGACUACAACUCGUUUUAUCGCAUGCUCAAACGGCCGCCAUUACUCGUUACCAGUCUUCCCCAAAACAUCAACGCAUGCAACACAUCACGCAACACAAAACGUUGCGUCAGUCAAUCGAUAGAUCAGAAGAGUGGCAAUUUUGCCUCACGAAGCACAAGCUAUACAUUGUAACCAUUUUAGAAUGAAGAG